AUGGCAGAAGUGCUGUUGAGAGUGCACAACAACGUUCUCAUGGACGCCAUCACUAUUCAUGUGCAUGGAAUUGACAAACACGACGCUAAAUCUACUGUAAUGCUUUCCAGAGUUGUGGUAUAUGGAUGGUGUAGCGUUUAUUCAACAGUGCCCUAUUCAAAGCACAAAUUAUAUCGAUUCAUUGCGGACAAUAAGGGUACACACUGGUAUCAUGGACAUUUUCAAACGGACAGGGGUGAUGGCUUGCUUGGAGGUAGAUGA